UAGACUUUAGUAGUUCGUGUGAGAUCAGUGCGAGUAGUGGGCGGAGAAAAAUUUCUUUUUUUAAAGAAAACUUUCCGCAAGUCUUGCUUUUUUAAAAAUAAAAGAAACUGUUGUAGUUUUUAGUGGCUCAGAGGGAAUUUAGUUUUCAAAGAUUUUUUUUCAAUCCCUGUGUUAUCAAUUACGACUGAGUAAUGAGUAAUGAGGUAUGAAGUUCUGGCCAAAAGUUAACGAAGCUGCACAGAAUUACAGUAAUUUGAACGGUCUUGAAGAGAGAGAGAGGAAAAAAAACCCUCUGGGAUGCGAACCAAGAACGUCACCAACGAUACCAAUCGAUACCAACGAUACCAACAAUUGGCAAUAUGAUCAGGAUCACCAAUUGGUUUGCCUUCAUGGAUAAUUAGCAGUUCACUGCAUUGGACAACCCAAGAAAUCCAGCCAAGUUACCAGCAAUGCAGUUGUGUGUUUUGCUGGCGUGCGUCGACUUUCAUGAUGCAAAAAUCAUGUUAUGCUGCAGAUAAACCAAACAAAAUUUAGCUGAACACAGUCAUAAGCGAUGUUGUUGUGCCAAAACUACCACGGACAAAUAUUCAUUGCUUCCCAAAUUCUGUGUUUUAUGUCCAUCGUUUAGUACGGGAAAGGACAUCACUUGACACCCUGUGCACAAAUUCUGUGAAACUGGUCGAAAAAAUGUUUUCAAGGUAAAUGGUUCAAUUUUUGCUCAGCUAACCUAGGACAUACUGUUACUUUCUAACGGCUGACGUUACUGGAGGGAAAAUAAGUGAUGUCCAUAUGGAAUUCUCCCCAUUGUAUGCCGUCAUGCUUCACGUACAGCGACACUAGCAUACGGUGUAAUGAUGCAUUUGCUGUGCGAUGAUGCAUGGAAAACCAAUAGACCUUUACACCACAGCGCUCAUCUGCAUAAUUGUUUACCUAUACAUGUCAAACCCUCACCCAUACCCAAUCAAAAGCUCUACGGUUUUCAGACACUUCAACAUGUCAAUGUGGAGCAACAGGUCGGGGCUGUUUCAUUCAGUCGACUUAAGCCAGGAGCACACACCUGUCGGAAAAUCGUAACGACUGAUAGUGUGAAUCCUCUAGAUUGCAACAUCAGUGGUUCGUCAAUCACAAUGCAAACAAGCUAUAUCCUUUGAAACACGGCUGGUUCCUUUUCCUUCGAGAAAACAAUCCCCAAUGAAUUGAUCUGAAGCGUUAAUUUGUCAUAUUUCUGUCUUCAAAGACGGUAACAUCUGGACACGAGUAACACGUCGAAUGCCUUGGAGUAAGGACGUUUGAAGGACAUUUUACACGUAAUCUAUAAACAUUGACAGAGAAUACUAAAUUAAACGAGGCUUGAAAACUUUCCUUUUAAGAUUUUGGGCAUAACGUAAUUUGAAAAGGAACUUGCUACAGAAGCAAUCAAACAAGUAAAGACCUUGGGAAAAGGGGAAACAUACGUACACAUGGGGUAUGAAAGUUUUUCGUCAUCGGAUCCGAAUAACUGGGGGCCACCGACACCUGGCCCUCCCGUGUAUUCAGUUGCCAUACUUCUGUCGGUUUUGGGCCUCUUUGGUCUUGUCGGUAACGCCUGCAUGGUGUACAUUAUUUUGCGUCACAAGCACAUGCGCACUGUGCCCAACGUCCUCAUCCUCAACCUUGCGGUGGCUGACCUUCUCUACAUCCUCGUGCCCACGUCGUUCUACGUUGAGAGUCUGAUCAACAACAUCUGGGACCUGCCUGAGUGGGUCUGCAAGCUAGAGAGCUACGUGGUGCACGUGGCGCAGUACGCGAGCGUCUUUGCAUUGACCGUUCUAAGCUGGGACCGCCACGCCGCUGUUACCAAGGUGCCACUCCGGGAGGCCAAAUUUCUCCGUGCUAUCGCCCUGGUGUCGAUCGUGUGGCUGACCUCUGGUCUCCUAUCCAUCCCUGCCCUGGUGUUUGCCAAGCUCGACACUACUAAUCGAAACUGCCGUCGCUCUGCCGAGGACACUCCCACUAGAAAGGUCCUUAUACUUGUUUGGAUGCUGGCUGGCUUUGGGAUACCUCUCAUCGUCAUAGCUUUUUUCUACUUGAAAAUUGCCAUCCACAUUUGUCGUAGUACUAACUCAAAGAGAUUCCCCAACAUCAAUGUUGCCUUAGCCAAACAGAUGCGAGACCGGAAGCGCUUGGCCGUGUCUGUCUUGAUCAUCAUCCUCUUCUUUGCCCUGUGUUGGGGGACCUUCUUCUCCUACUACAUAGGUAUCCACUUCUCGACGACAUCCGAAGCCCACCGCAACGCGUCCUACAUCAUGCCGAUAGUCAACACGUGUUUAGAUCCCUGGCUCCUCUUUGCCAUCAGUUCCAAUCACCGGGCGAGCUUAAUCGGCUUCCUCUGCGGUGCUUGCCGGCGGCCAAAAAGAGGCGCUCGCAAAGCAGACUUAACCUCUGGGCAAGUAAAGAGAUACACGCGUACCGGUAGCAGUGGAGUAACUGGAACCAGUGCUGAAACUGGUUCCACUUUGUUAGGUCCAGCUACCAACUGCAAUAAGUAGUUGUUAACCUUUGCUCCCUUCCCAGCGUUUUUGCAAGACCAAAUUUGGAGUUAGGCUUUGUCAAUUUUAUUUUAUACUGCCUUGUACCGUUGAAUACUGUGCGGUUGUCCCCAUAAGUCGUAAAUCGACCCGCAAUCACCCCGCCGAACUCACUCAAAAUACUUCGAACAGUAUGAAUACACAUGCUAAUAUAAUGUAUCGUAAUAACAAUAUCAUUAAAUUGGGUGAUCAUGCACCCAUCUAUACUACUUACUUGAGGGUGCAACUGCCUGCACAGGGCCACCGACUUGAAUACAAUAUCAAAUUUGUUACCAGGCAAUAGUUGGACGGCUGCCAAAGAUCUGAGGGUCGUUCGCUCCUCAAUAACAUUAUCUUUAUGGGAAACAUAAACCAUAUUGAUAUACUGUCGUUGAAAUCAAAGAAGAAGAGCAAAAAGGAUUCCUGGGAUAAAUAAAGGCGUCUGUCAAAACUGCCGACGGAAAAAAAACAAGAAAAACCAACAUCCAAAACUAAAAAUAACAGGGCAAUAUAGGCUACAACUGCUAGCCUAGUAAAACGACAACUACAAAGAGCUAAUUAGGAAUAGUAAUCGACAAUUUCGCAAGUACAUGUAAUGCUAUACAAAUACACAGGCUACAACUGCUAGCCUGAGCACACCAGAGAUAUGGUAAUACUCCGGGGACAACAAAAGAGAUAUAUAGCAAGGCAAGCAAACAAAAAAACCGUGUCACUUGGCACCAAAUGCUGCGUGCCCACUCAGCAUGACUCUGCACAUGUUUUUUCCUCCAUAGAAUUUGCGCAUAGAUUUUAAGGUUUAUUUUUCCAACUUACCAAUAUUAUAUAAGCAUGGAACUUACACUGAAGGAAGAUCGUGAAGCAAAGAGGGGUCUCAGAAAUAGUUCAUUGUUGUAACGAUAUAUCAUGUGACAUGUCACGUGACAUUAAAAGUGCAAUCUUUAAAGUACUAUAACUUCUAAGGUGCACGUCCGAUUGUGUUGAAACUUUGUAUAUAACUUUAAAGCCAAGUGUUCUGGAGGGAAAAAGACCUCAAGUUAUGAUGAUAAUAUCACGUGACAAGUCACGUGACUUUAAAGGUGCACUCUUUAAUGGCCCGUUUCUCUUGAAAUACAAUGCAAUAGGAUUGAACCUUGCGUAUAACUUCAGGACGAAGUGUUUUAGAGGACUGUUGACCUUGUGUGACGGUGAUGAUAUCACGUGACACUAUAGGUACUGUCUUUAAAUUUCUCCUGAAGUAGGCCUACACGUCCAAUCGUGUUGCAACUUUGAAUGUAGCUGGAAAACGAAGUAUUUUACAUCAAUAUUGAUCUCAUGUGAUGAUGACAUCAUGUGACCGGUCAAAUGCCAUUAAAAGUUAAUGCCAUUCAAUCAAUUGCAUGCACGUCUGAUCAGGAUGGAAUGUGCAACCUUUAAAAGAUACCGCUCUUUUUCAUUAUAGUUGCAUCAAGGAUGGACUCAAAUGGUGAUAUGAUACAGUUAAAAUGAUGUCAUAAUGACAUCGAUGAAUUUAUCAAUGAUUUUUGGUUUUUCUUUCAAAUCGACUUUCUACACAGAUAUACAGCCAAUAUAGCCGAUAUUUUGGCAACUCAGCUGUAUUCCAUGAAACUGUAAUAUUAUCAUAUCAGAUCUAUUUUGUAAACAUUCUUCUUUUAUUAUACGAUUUGACUAAAACAGCCAACUCCGAAACAGCCUGUGUUUGUUCACAUACACCACCUCUAGUUUUAUAUUUGUUACUCUUUAUUGACACAGAUCCUAGACAUUUGCAAACCCCUCACGUCUGUAGUCUAUUUUUUAAUGUGUACUUGUUGAUGGUGUAUUAAAUUAUCAUUUGUCUUUCAUGAGAUGGAGGCUAUAUCCCGUCUUUACAUUCCAAACACCAUUUCUCUCAUUGUGUGCAAACCAUGACUGUAUUUGAAUUUAAUUUAACCUAUGGGCCCCAAUUUUUGGCGGCCUUCACUGGGUGGAUAACUUUUUCCCCUCUUAUAUUUAAUUUUAAAUUCUGGAAUAUAAUUCUCCAUAUUUAUGCCAUAUUGAUGUUGUCUCGUUUUAAUGAAUAUCUCAUUUAUAUAUUGACCCUCCAUGUAUCGUAUGUUAUGUACUAUCUUUGUUUGUGUUGCUCUCUGUGGAGAGACACACCCCUCUGGCAACAGUGUUCGAAUUUACUCUUUGUAAUUUCUCCUAGGCAGCCUUUCAGAAUCUUCUUUGUCGUCCUGUCUGUGUACUUGUUAUAAGAUGUAAUGUCUUUUAUUGUGAAAUACCUGUAUGUUUGGUAUUUGUAAAUGUGUAUUGUAUCUCUGUGCUUAUACAGGGUGUCCCAGAAAAAAAAACCAAGCCCUGGGGAAAGGGGUUAAUCAUGAGAUAUGAUUAUAA